AUGUUUACCCCUGCAGGAAGGCAUCUUUUAAUCUUCGUGUACGUCAUCGGCUGGUUGUCAUCAUCUUGGGCCGAGGAUGGUUUCAGGAUUUGUUUCCGAGAAACCGAACGCAGUUCACAAUGCCAAGGACCAUCUUACAGCUGCAGUGGUUGGAGUUCAAAUCCUGCGUGGACUCAGCCAUUUCGAGAUGACACUGACCAGCGAUCUGGAGGCUGUCGGUAUCAAUGGAAGAUUGAGGCACACCAUAACAUUAGAAGAAAUAAAGAGUAUCGCCUCUGCUUUGCUGAAACGGAAGGAAGCUCACAGUGCCAAGGGUCCCGACACUCGUGUACCAAUUGGAGUCGUACCCCAUCUUGGACGAGUUCUUUUCGAGAUGACACGGACGGCAGAGGUGGCGGCUGUAGAUAUGCUUGGAAGAUUGAAUCUCGAACUACAACUAUUACAAAGAAACCAGUUUGUCGAGUCUGCUUUAAAGAAACAGAAGGAAGCUCUCAGUGUCAGGGUUCCCGCCAAAGCUGCAGUGGAUGGAGCGCAAACAAGGUUCCCGCAUGGACAUUGCCUUUUCGAGAUGACACCGAUAAUCGUGGAGGAGGCUGCACUUAUUCUUGGUAUCUGGACUGCACCCCAAAAUGUGAUGCUGCGUUUUGUCCGAGAGACACUCCAUGCCCCUGA